UUAGAUACAAGAAAUUAUCGAUUACUGAAUAAUCAUUCAUAUAAUGUAUGUUUAAAAAAAAAACUUGAGGAUAAUGAAGCAAAUAAACAAAGAGAUUUGUCUAAUAAUGAAAGGAGGAUAAAAGAAAAAAAUAAACAAUCAAGCAGAAAUUUAUUAAAUAAGGACGUUAUAGAUUAUAAUAAUGGAAUGUUUGAUGGGAAACAUUUUCAUUUUCAAAAGAAAGAUUAUGAUAGUUUUCUUGAGAAAAAAAGGAGAAUAUGUGACGUAAAAUUUAAAAAUUGGUAUGUUUUUUUUUUUUUUCUUUUGGGCAUAGGAUUACCCAUGUCAUGCAAGUUUGAGAUGGUAAGAGCAGGUACAACAGAUACUAGAAGUAAUAGCAUAGAUCUACAGAUAAUAAAAUAUAUCAGUGAUUUACUAGGUACAAAAAAUGAAUUACAUGUUUUUAUAUUAUUAUAUACAGUAGCUUUCUUAAUUAUAAUAGCUACUUAUAAGAUCUUAAGAAAUAAUGAAAAAUAUCAAAAACUUAAGUUGAUGAGAGAGUAA